AUGGUGGCUGAGGCCAGGCAGGAGGAGCAGCUGGGGGGACACAGCCUGGAUGCGGCAGGCUUCCUCCAAGAGAAAGGCCCUGGCCACCUUGAUGGGGGAGGCCUCCUGUGUGUCCUCAGGCUCUGCCCACGUGGCCCUUCCCUGGACCUGGAAGACAGCUGCACAGUAGCUGAGUGUUCAGGCCUCAAGGAGGCAGAGGGCUGGAGUCCAGCUCUGACUCACCCACCGUGUGCCCUGGACAUGAUCUCGAGUACUGGGCUCGUCUGUCCCCUCAGCAGUGAAGCCGGGGCAGGAAAGGGUCCCGUGAGGGACCUGUUCGCAAGCCCUGAGACUCUUCCUCAGGCGGCUCCCCAGGUGCCCCAUCACCUGGCCCCUCAGGCCCUGAGAAGAGGCAGAGGCACUGCCGCCACUGCUGUGCUCACUGCCCCUGACGCCGCGUGA